AUGAACAAUCACAAUAAUAAUAACAAUAAAAAGAACUUGAUUAUUGGUUUCACUGGAAGUGUUGCAACCAUCAAAUAUAAUCAAUUAAUUGAACAAUUACUUCCUUAUUUUAAUAUAAAAGUAAUUCUUACAAAUAAUGCUUUGCAUUUCUGUAAGGAUAUUAAACAAGAUUCGACAUACAGUGUACAUACAGAUUCAGAUGAAUGGUCAUCUUGGUCAAAGAGAGACGACCCAGUAUUACACAUUGAACUUAGAAAGUGGGCAGAUUCAAUGUUGAUUGCUCCUCUAUCUGCAAAUACACUUGCUAAGAUUGCAAAUGGAAUGGCUGAUAAUUUAUUAACAUCUGUAGUUAGAGCAUGGGAUUACAAGACAAAGGAAUUGAUAUUGGCACCUGCUAUGAACACGAUGAUGUGGGAGAAUCCAUUCACAGAGCAACAUUUGAAUACAAUGAAAUCAAUCUCUGUAAGAGUAAACAUUAUACCACCAAUCUCAAAACUAUUGAUCUGUGGAGACACUGGAAUAGGUGCAAUGGAAGAGGUAUCAAAGAUAGUAGAAAUAACAAAGAAUAUUCAUUUAAAACAACAUAUUCAUUAUGAUUAA